AUGGCGACACAGAAAUUCUGUGCGCUGGCAGUCACCGUUCCGGGCAUCGUGCUGGCUCUGAGUCUCCUCGGUCGAGCUCAGAACGCCAGCCGCUUAACUAGCGGCUGCGUCGGUCCCGACGUGGACAUCACGCCCUGCCUCUGCUACGACUUCGAAGACGCGUUGUUCCUCGAGUGCGCCGACGUCAGCGAAGAGCGGCUCCGUAACGCCCUGUCGAAGAUCAGCGGGCCGCUGAAACAGCUGACGUUGGUCAAACUCGACGUCGUGGGAAACGUGUUCCCCAAGGGAAUGUUUGUCGGCCAAAAGAUCUCGACGCUGCACAUCUCGAACAGUGCGCUGCAUCGACUCGACGACGGCGCGUUCCUCGGUCUCGAGAACUCGCUUCUGUCGCUGACGAUCUCCAACUGCGAUUUGAAGGAGCUGCCUCGCGGAGCAAUCAAAAACGUGAAGGCCCUGCGUUCGCUCGAGUUGGAUUCGAACUCGAUUGUCGACGUCGAGAGCUAUUCGUUCUAUGGGCUGCAACUCAAGUCGUUGAUGCUGCACAACAACCAGAUAACGCAGUUAGCCGAGUUCGCGUUCGGCGGACUCGAGUCCUCGUUGGAGGAUCUCAACCUAAGCAACAACCGCCUGCCGCUGUUUCCGUUCAUGGCAUUGCGGCGACUGCAGGCCCUCAAAGUGCUCAAGCUGGUCGGCAACCUAAUCGUGGACAUCAUCGACGACGGACUCACCCGAUUCAUCAACUUACACACGGUCGACCUCAGCCAGAACCGGCUCACGUCGCUCACGAACCGGAGCCUCGCCUCGAUGCCGCGGCUCCGGUCGCUGUCGCUCUACCAGAACGAGAUCAGCCUGGUGGCGAACGGGACGUUCGAGCACAGCCGUGAGAUCGAAUCGCUCGAUCUGGGCCAAAACUUUGUGCGCUUACUGCAUCCGUCGGUGCUGCGGCCGCUCAGCCGACUGCGAACCAUCGAGCUGGGCUUCAACCAUUUGCAUGGCGUCGACGACGGCCCCUUCCAAAACAUGGCACAGCUGCGCGAGGUGUUGCUAUCGAAUAACAAUAUCCUCCGGCUGCGCAAUGACACCUUCACGAACUGCCAGAACGUAUCGAUUUUGUUUGUGCCCAACAACGCCAUCGAGCACAUUGAGCUAGGCGCGUUCCAAAGCCUCGAACACCUCAGCCAACUGCAGCUGUCAUUCAAUCGACUGCGGAGCGUUUCAGCAGUUUUGUUCCGCUACAACGCCGAGCUCAGGUCGCUGUCGCUGGAUAACAACCUUCUGACCGAGCUCGAAGUCGGCACUUUCCGAAAGCUUGACGAGCUGCGAGACCUCCGCCUGCAGCACAAUUACCUGAAAAAGGUCCGCCGCGGAGUGUUUUUCCCGCUGGCGAAUCUCGAGGAGCUUCAUCUGCAAAACAAUCGCAUCGAGUCAAUCGAGCCCGAGGCGCUGGCCGGCCUCGCCGCUCUGCAACACCUCAACCUCCAGGGUAACAAACUGCUUGAAAUUCACGACAUCCUCAUCCGGGUGGGCUCGAAUCUUCGCUCGCUGUUCCUUAGUUUGAAUCAGUUGAGCGAUCUGAGCAGUCUGAGUACGCCGCUGAGUCGGCAAACGAAACUCGAAAUGCUCGAAAUUCGUUCGAACAAGCUCCGACGGCUCCGGGUCGACAUGUUCCGAGACCUGACAUCGACGACUCGACUCUACCUCGACGGAAACAACGUCGCCGAUAUUGAGGACGGCGCAUUUGAAACUCUCGCCGAAUGCACAUUCCUAGAUCUGAGCGGCAACAGGCUGAAAUCGCUCCGGGCCGCCCAAUUCCGAGGUCUCCGUGCUCUCGAGGAACUCUCCCUCCAGCGGAACAACUUGACCAACCUGGCGAAAGGUUCAUUCUCUUUCUUGACCCGUCUCCGGCUGCUCAACUUGGCCCACAACCAACUGGGCGCUAUCGGGGCGGACACGUUCGGCCCGAUGCCCGGCCUGCAGUCGUUGAAUUUAUCCGACUCGGGUCUGAACUCGAUCGAGAACGGGGCGUUCGACGGUUUGACAGGUCUCGAGGUACUCGAUCUCUCGGGAAACCCCAUCAAGGUGUUGCGCCUCUCGGGUCUGAGCCAGCUGCGGCUGUUACGGCUGGCUUCUACGAGUCCCUCGAAGCUGGCCGAGGGUUUGUUUGACAAAAUGACCUCCCUCGAGGAGCUCGACUUGUCCGCGUCGCACAUCAACCCAAAUCGGGUGGGCUUAUUCGAACGACUGAGCUCAUUGCACACGCUGCGCGCGGGGCACAACAACAUUUCAUCUUUGCGACAGGGACUCCUGAACGCCCUGCCUCUGCGGGAGGUCUCGCUCGAAGGAAAUUCUCUCACGGCCAUUCCUACCGAGUCAAUUAACGCUCAGGUGGAAACGCUCCGUCUGGCCGGAAACAACAUAACGAUUCUCCGGAGCGGAUGCCUCAAAGGCUUCAACGCCCUAGAGCGGUUAGACCUGUCGAGUAAUUUGAUCGGUUCAAUCAAUAACGACGUGUUCGACGAGUCGGGAUUGCGUUUCCUCGACCUCAGCUCGAACCGGCUCCGAACGUUGCCCUACCACCUGUUCAGGAACACCACCGGCUUGGAACAGCUUGAUUUGGACGCGAACGACUUCUCCUACAUACCGAACGCGAUUGUCGACGGCGCCGUCCAGAUGGGCAAACUGCGAGUUCUGAAACUUUCCCGCAACCCCAUGACGCGGGUGCGGGAGGAUUUCGCCAGCGGCGGUCUGCUCCCAGCGCUCGAAGAAUUGGAUCUGUCUUUCGGGAACGUGUCUAUUCUCGCGACGAACGACAUGCACAGUUUCCCGGAACUGACUCUGCUGACGUUCGCUCACAACCGCAUCAAUAAGGUCUCACCCGGAGCGCUGCGUCCACUCCGGCGUCUGGUUUCGCUGGACCUCAGCGACAACCACAUCGAGGUGCUCCCGACCGAACGGCUCCAGGGUCUGUUCGCGCUGAGGCAUCUCAAUCUCUCCCAGAACAAAUUGACAGAGCUGCAGGCGUUCCCGGUCGAUUUGACGCAGCUCGAGUCGCUGGAUAUCGCGAACAACAAACUAGUUAAAAUUCAAGAGAUCGUUCUCGAUACUCUUACGGGACUCAAGCGGCUUGACUUGAGCAACAACAACAUCCGGUGGGCGGCCGCGGAUGCUUUCAACAACCUGAUCGUGCUGGAAGAGCUCAAUCUAAGCAGUAAUAAUCUCAUGUACUUCAGCCAAAGUAUGUUUCACAUCAUCGAACGACGCCUCAGCAAACUGCUGGUCACAGGCAAUCCGCUCAAAUGCGACUGUCGAAUGCUGGGCUUCUGGGAGUGGUUGAAGGAGCAUCCCCAGCUGCAGAUGACGGACAGCUCAUCCAACCCUUUUUGCACCUAUCCCGAACGACUGUCCGGACAGGACGUCAACGUUCUUCAUCCGGUAGAUUUCUGUCCCGCGCCGGUCAUAGGUUCGCUGACCGCGGGCGAGGUUGGCCACAGCAGUGUGAGCCUGUCGUGGCAAGCGGACAACUCGACGUUAGUCGACCAAUUUGUAUUAUCGUUCCAUCCCACUUCGCCGUGUCCCGUGGCGGUCUGCUCCGAAAACAACGAUUCGCUCCCCCUGCCAGCGAUGAAGAGAGCUUUCGUUUUAACGGGACUCUCAGCUGAGCGGGAAUAUCUGUUGUGUGUGACAGCUGCAGGCCGCUACUUGAGACCGUUGGGGAAGCCGACAGCUUACGCCAACAUUCCCUACGACAGCGACCUGGAGAGCAGCGGUCGAAAAUGUCUCCACGUCAAAACGAGCCCACGGAUCCACAAGCGUCUGAUGAGCAUGCCCGAGCUGGGCGUUGCGUUGGGCGUCGCUCUGGGCUUGGGUCUGAUCGUGUUCACCUCGGUAAUCGUCACCGCCGUCCGGCUGAAACGCUCCCGCCGAAAGAAGCGGAGGCCCAUCCACGAGGAAGAUGUCCCGCCGGAGUAUAUCUCCUACCGACAUUUCUCCAUCCCGGGUGGGGACCCGGCGACGCUCCCCGAGUAUUCGGUCCGUGUGCUCAUCGCCCGUCAGCAGCUUAUCGUCAAGUUCCUCUUGUUAUCGAUCAGUCAGAGGUCGUCGUCUUCGACUUCACCGCUCGUCCUCCCUCAUCACGAGAGGUUGAAACUUAAAUCAUCAGCCUCCAUCAAAGGUGAUCGGAUAAGGGAUUGGCCUCUAUGUAAAUCGAAGACGCGUAUUCGGGGGGGGAGACGCACGAGCAUAAAAAAUGCCAGAAUGACUGCGAUUCGUGGGGUUUGGUCCGCUUCCUGGUGUCAGUCACAAGUUGGCUAG